GGGACCAGUAGUGUGAGAGUGGGGACUGAGCAGAACACUUUGCUAAACAGAGAAACUUUGCAGAGGAGCAGCACCAAAGAAAAUGCUCUGGGUGCUGAAAUGCUGCAUGUUUUUGGGAGUGCUGCCAACCUUUGUGUCAAGCCUAGAUUUCGUAUACCACAACACUCAUGCAGUGGAAUCCUUUUUGAGGGAAAUAAACGCAAACUUCCCAUCUAUAACAUAUCUCCACAGUAUUGGGAAAUCCGUGGAAGGCAGGGAUCUGUGGGUUAUUGUCAUAGGAAAAUAUCCAAAGAUGCACACAGUUGGCAUUCCAGAAUUUAAAUAUGUUGCAAACAUGCAUGGUGAUGAGGUAGUUGGCCGUGAAAUACUGCUUCACCUAGUCGAGUACCUGGUAACAAAUUAUAAGACUGAUCCAGUGAUAUCAAGACUAAUAAAUAACACUAGAAUACAUAUACUGCCUUCCAUGAAUCCAGAUGGCUUUGAAGCAAGCAAUCGGGACUGUCUGUUCUCAGGUGGCAGGUACAAUAAAAAUAACUAUGACCUGAACAGAAAUUUCCCUGAUGCCUUUGGAACAGACGCUGUUUCAAUCCAACUUGAGACCCGGGCAGUUAUGGACUGGAUUAAGCAGGAGACUUUUGUCCUAUCUGCUAACUUUCACGGCGGAGCAGUGGUUGCCAGCUACCCGUAUGACAAUGCUAACGCAACUACAAAUGGAAUAUCUCCGGACGAUGAUGUUUUCAUUCACCUCGCCAAGCUGUAUGCUAAGAACCAUGCCACCAUGCACCAAGGCGUUAUCUGCGAUUCGACAAGUCGUUUUUCGAAUGGCAUCACUAAUGGCUAUACAUGGUAUGCAGUUAAAGGAGGUAUGCAAGAUUAUAACUACAUCUACGGCCAGUGUUUGGAAAUUACAAUUGAAUUGUCAUGCUGUAAAUAUCCUAAUCAGACAACCCUUGCUCAGUAUUGGAAUGAAAACAAGGUUUCACUGAUAGAGUACAUGAAGCAGGUGCACAUGGGGAUAAAAGGGCAAGUGUUCGAUAUACGUGGGAAUCCCAUUCAAAAUGCAAAAGUGGAAGUCUCAGGAAGGAAACGGAUCUGCCCUUACUACACCAAUAAAUAUGGGGAGUAUUAUUUUCUCCUUCUGCCAGGAAGCUACACAUUCAAUGUCACCGUGUCAGGAGCAUCAAUAACACGGACUGUUAACAUCUCAGAGUCUCAAAACCUUUGGGCAAUGAGUUAUGACUUUUCCUACACCGUCCCGACAGUCAGUCCAACACCAGAAACGUCAUUAUGUAGUUCCACCGCACAACCUGGAAACGCCGGUGUAGCGCAGCAAAUAUAUAUUCUCCCCUUCCUGCUAAGUACUAUGUUAAUGCUGCUACUUACAUCCCAGUAGGGCUGAGUCUUCAUAACAGAACCAAGAGAGCCUUAUGAGAUGAACCUGAGGACUGGCACAUCAACCAAAUGAAUCUCUUACAGUGAUCUCUGUUUUAUAUAGUAUUUUAAUAUUUCUUUUUAACAGAUGUUUGUAAGAGAUUAUUUAUUAAUGAUUGUUUCCUAUAUCCGUCUGAUGCACUUGUGAUGCUUCAAUGAUUUGUAAGUUAUAUGUACAUCUUGCACAGAUUUUUGGAUCUGUAAAAAGUAAAAUAAUGUACUUAAUGUGUAAUUUUAUGUGCCACAUUUCCCCCAGUAAUGGGGGAGGUAAUGGCUUUUGUCUUUCGCUAAGCAGGUGCCCCAAAACGUAAAAUGCCCUUCAACACACACACACACACACACGUUUAUAUUUCACUAUCCACACUAAAAAUGUCAGUCCUGAAAACUACGGACUACUCAUUUUCAGAGUACGUGCGCUUUUCCGACGUCACUUGACGCAAGUUGUCUAUUGAUGUUGGGUAUGAUUAUAGCAUACAGACUACUGGUUGGAGUAAGAUUAUUCCUCUAACUGGUUAUCGCGAGUACGUGAAAUAAAGAGCAUUUUCCAAUCCCACAA